GCAUGCCUAUCCCUCCUCUCCUGCUUCUGAUAACUCAAUGAACACCAAUCACUUUGUCGGCAGUUCCAGCGAUUCCAACGAUAAUCGAGUUUACAGUUAUAGAGAUGUUUUGCGCCAAUGUUUUAAUAUGGAGAAACUGACGACACCGUCGCCCCUCUCUUCCAACGUGUCGAUAGCUCUCGUUAUCAUUAUUUGUCUUUUAUUGAUUGUAUUGGACUCACUGUUUGUCGCGUUGGAGGACAAGUUGGCGGCGGCGGACAUCACAUCAAUCGUCGUGUGUUGUGUCAUAUUUGUCAUUACAAUCACAACCAUUGUUGCCUUACAAUCACAGCCCUCUUCGGCCAAAAGGAUAUCGUUUCAGGUACCACUCGUUCCAUGGGUUCCCUUCUUGAGCGUAUUCGUGAACUUCUAUCUAAUGCUAAAACUUUCGACAAUGACUUGGAUUCGGUUCUCUGUGUGGAUGUUCAUCGUUAUUCUGUACGGCAUUUGGAACAGCAAUGAAAGGAUUGAUAGAAAAAAUCAGCCGAAUAUCAAAUAUGAGACUAAAGAAAACUCUGUUGCCAUGAAUUCUAUGAAAAAC